ACCAUAUGUUACAACAAUCUAUUUGCAUUACUCCCCAAUAUUUAAAUUAAAUGUCUGCUUUAUUCAACUUUCAAUCAUUAUUGCAAGUGAUACUAUUACUUAUAUGCACAUGCACAUACAUACAUGCCACAUGGCCAAACUUACUAGAUAAAAACAAGACUGGUGCUUUUGGAAUAUUCUGGAAAUUUGCUAGAAUUGGUGAAAGGUUAAGUCCUUAUGUUUCCAUCGGUUGCUUUAUAAUCGCCUUCAACACUCUCCGCUCAUAG